UGGACUGCUGCACAGCCUGCAUCACACUUCCACAUAGGACAGACUGCACGUGUGACAGUGUGUUUAGGAGAGUGCUUAUGAAUGAGUGGCGGUGGAGCAGCAAACAUCUUGCAUGUCCUCUGGAAUUGGACGCAGUGAGCAAUAAUCCUCUGAAGGCAAGAAAAAAAAAAGGAUACAGACAAGUGAAGAGGAGACAGAAGAGGGAACGCUUCUGCUCUUCACACUUCAGCAAACUACUGUAGCGAGGCCGUCAUCAAUGGGAGUAUCGCAAUAAAUGCCACGGACUGCAGCGGGACAUUUUGCUUGUUGAGCUUGUUGACUUUGCAGGAGGAGAAGAUCGUGUCUUCAUCAAAGGUCGAGGAGUCAGGAGAGGUUGGAGGGGCGCCCUUGGGACCAGAGAGAGGGUGAUUCUCUAUGGUGACGAUGAGUCUGGACCCUGUGCAGGUGAUGAGCGGACACGUCAAUGAGCUCAAAGUUUCCCCUUCGUCCAACGGGGACAGCAGAGGAUCAUGGGAGGAGAAAGAAAAGUUUGCUCAGGACCACUUGGGCCUCACCACCAUGACAAAACCAGUGACAGGGAGACGAACCCGGAAGGUGGAGGGAGGCGUGUUUUUUCCAAAGCCCGAGAACGCAGUGACCAUUGCGGUCUCUUCUCGGGUCUUGUUUCGGACCGAGCGGGAGCAGAAGGUGUUCGAGCAGAAAGGGGUCGAGGAGUAUCUGAGAUACCAAAUCGAACACGAGAACGAACCCUUCGCCCCUGGACCCGCCUUCCCUUUCGUCAAGGCUCUGGAGACGGUGAACGUUCGUCUGCGGGAGCUGUACCCACAAAGUGAAGAGCUGUUUGACAUCAUUUUAGUGACGUAUAACCAUGCCCAUGUCGGAAUCCGGCUCAUCAACACCAUCAACCAUCACAACUUGUUUAUUGAGAGGUUUUGUAUGACGGGGGGAAGCAGUCCUAUUGGCUACCUGAAGGCCUGGCACACCAACCUCUACCUGUCUGCUGACGCCGACAAAGUCAGGGAGGCGCUGGCUGAGGGCAUCGCGGCAGCCACCAUGUUCAUGACGGAGAAUCUGACUGAGGUCUCGGAGUCCCAGCUGAGGGUGGCAUUUGAUGGUGACGCCGUCCUCUUCUCUGACGAAUCGGAGCGCAUCUUCAAGGCACACGGGCUGGACAAGUUCUUCGAACAUGAGAGGGACAACGAGGACACGCUACUGGAUCAUGGUCCCCUGAAGGGCUUCCUGGAAGCACUGGGGAAGCUCCAGAAAAAGUUUUACGCCAAAGGCCAGCGCCUGGACUGUCCCAUCCGAACAUACCUGGUCACAGCUCGUAGCGCAGCCAGCUCUGGGAUCCGGGCGCUGAAGACACUCAGGGCCUGGGGCUUGGAGAUCGACGAGGCCUUGUUCCUCGCAGGGGCACCCAAGGGCCCCAUGCUGGAGAAGAUCAGGCCUCACAUCUACUUUGACGAUCAGAUGUUUCACGUGGAGGGCGCGGCAGAGAUGGGCACCGUCGCUGCCCACGUGCCCUACGGCAUUGCACAGAAACAUAACUAGACACACAACACCAGUGUGAGGAAGUAGACAGCAGAUGCCAAUAUAGUCAUCCAGCCCGAAACAGAAGAAGAGAAGGAGGCUGGGAUGGAGAAACAUCACAAGAGGAGAAGCUGAGAGGUUUCAGAGAGUUUGGAAAGAUGAACUUGUACUGUAUGUGGGAAUGCAUCAUUUCCAUGAUGAAGCAAUUGUAUUGUAAGUUUGUUUAAUAACGUAAAUUGUGUCAGCUUAAUGGUAUCAUGUUAGGGGUCUGGACAGAAGUCAAGUAGAGGAUAACCUGCUUCACUUCUACGAAAAGGUACUUUUCCUACGAAAGCCAGCAACAUGUGUGAAUUUCAUGCAUAGAGUAACUUCCAUCUUCACAGGAAACUCAGUUAGGUUUAGGCAACAAAACCUCUCAAAACCACUUGAAAUGAACCAAGGAAGUGUUGUUAUUGAAGUAGGCAAGUUACGUGACAAGAUCAACAUUGGCUUCUCUUUUCACAUGAACGGAGAGCGGUCUCCAGGCUGAUAGAUCUCUGUUUGUUGGACCCAUCCACCUCCCCUCCCCCCGCCCAGUGUGUGAUUUAGCUGUUUUUAAACGUCCUCGUUCAUAAUUACAUCCAUAACAUACACAAACAUUUCUUGGGAUAUUUACAAAUCACGGCACAUCAUUUUUUUUAGUAGGCAUAGCUACGGAUGCUGGAUGACACCAGCCUGAUGGUGAUGUACUGUAACUCAAGAGUCAUAAGUUAACCUGUCAGUGAUUUCACAAGAAUGUAAAAUUGUUUGUUUGCAACUAUACACAAAAUGUGUUGUGUAUUACUGGAGAUGGCCACAUUAUGUGUUAUUGUGUUAAACCAAAGCAAGUGUAGAAAGAUAUAAGUCUCAGUUGGUGCCUUAGUUUCAAUGAAGACACAAUUUUUAACCAGUGGUCCGUCACUUUGGUCCAGAGGGAAAUAUCUCGUUAUCGUGGUGGAUUGCCAUAAAGUUUAAUACAGACAUUUAUAGUCUGAAGAGAAUGAAACCUAGUCCCCUGACUUUUCAUGUUGCUUCAAAGGGCACGAUUGUACAAAAUGUAAGUUCAACACAUUCAAGGAAGGAGACCUCUGAAAUCAACGAUUGAUUUCAAUCACCCUGAGAGCUAAUAUUACAUCCUCUGUGCAGGCUGAUGUGGCUCCUCACCAGCUGAAGUAUCACCAGUAAGCUGCUCAACAAGCAGCUGUCUUGACUUUGCUGCCCUCUCCUGUACAUCAAGGCUAGCACAGAGUCACACCCUGCUCAGGUGGCAUUGACUGAUGUAACAGUUUAACCAAUUUUACUACAUCCGACAAUCAAUAGUCAAAGGGCAAGCAAUACCUUGUAUCAGUUACAGCGUGACGUCCGUUUGAUUUUUGUCUUUCAUUGGCAAAAUGUCCGCGGUGGCCUUUUGAAAAUGUCAAUCCACGCUGUCACUGAUGGCAAGCCUUUGGAAAUCUUCCACUUUGAGGAAAUUUAGCGAUGCUUCAUUUCACCAACUCGGCCUUCUGAGGACCUUGAAGCUCAGGAAAGUGACAAGCAAUCCACCAGAUUUAUCUCACAGACAAAACACAUCAUUUAACAGAUGUGUCUUUCGGCGGACAUUUGCCCUACAACGGCCGCUGAGUUGUCACAUAGAGUUUCAGCAGGAUCAGUCGGGCCAGUUUGGACUUUACAUUCAGGAAUAGAUUAAUGCAGAUGAAGCAAUGUUUGAACAACAGGUUGAUGACGACUUCAUUGACACUUGGAAAAUGUACAAGAUCACUUAUAAAGAUGUCAAAUAUAGCUCUUGUUUUACAAGAUGAACACAUGAUUUCUGCAUUGGGAGUCACUGACGUGCACUCCUUCACUCUACCAUCGAGUGGCAGCACCGGAAUGAUAAAUGACCAUGAGCUGCAGCAACUGCUCUUCAUUCACAUGUUUUUAUUUGGGAUGAAAAAUGUUGGGAAAUCUUCACUUGGUAUUGAAUUAUAAUGCACAUUAAAGUUGUCUAAAAUGAUUAAAUUGUAUCUUUACAUCUUUUCCUCUU